AUGUCAGUGGCGCUGAAGCUUUUCUCCCAGAAAGUCGUGGUUCUCAGAAGGCCCUUUGCCUCCAGUACCUGGCAGCUCUUUGAGGACUGCGACCGCCGCUUCGCCCAGCUUCAGGAAGAGGCUCGGCGGGUCCUCGGAGACAUGGUGGACGGAGACGUGCAGAUCACCGGGGAGGUGGAUGGCCUGAGGAGUGUCGAUGUGCAGAUAGACAGCCGUGGGGUGGCAAUUGACUUCGCGCCGCCCAGCAGGGAGGUGAGUGGCCGGCCGCUGGUGGUGCUGGCCGACGGAAAGGAGGAGGAGUUCCUGCCGUGGGCCGAGGAGGUGCAUCCGUGUUCAUCAACCGAGGAGGAGAAGCAGAAGGAGGACGAAGAUGCAGAUGCAGCAGGCAAGAACUGGGAGAGGGCAGCCUCGAGAAUUCACAGGCAGGCAAAGAGAAGAGGAGUAAGGGUGGGUACGCCACUGGCUCGGCGUGAAGAUGGGAAGCCGGUGAAGGGACACUCCGUCUUCACUCUUCACCCGCGUCGGAAGGGCGACCUGGUGUUGUGCUACCGCGGGCAGGUGCUUCGCCGGCGAUGCCUGUUGAAAGGCAGUCGAGCCCAGCGGUUCCAUUUUGCCAUGGAUGCCGAGUGGGCCGUGGAUGGGGGCACCGGUGGACCCCGGCCCUACGCCGCGCACGUGGCCGCCUUUCUCAACAGCCCCGCAGGUUGCUUGGAUGAGUCCGGGGCCGCCCUGCAACCGAAUCUUCGGGUCCGCAUCGACCCAUCAGAGGGCUUGGGCCCACAUGCUCUGCAACUGCUGGCCGCCCGAGACAUCGAGGCGGGUGAGGAAUUGUGCUUCGACUACGGCGACAGCCACCAGCUUGAUGAUCUAAGCUCGGACUCGGAUGGCGAGGACGCAGAGCAGCACGCUUAA